AUGCACAUCCCGGUCAGGGUUUGGAGCCCCCGUCACUCAUCCAUCCAUCCACCACCGCACCAUAAACCACCAAAACUUCACGCCCAACUCCCAACACCGUCUUCCCCAGGCCAACUCUCCAAACGCGAGAUGCGCUCCCUCCUACACAAACAAGCCCUCAUAACCGGCGGCGGCUCCGGCAUCGGUCUCGCCAUCGCCCGCCGUCUCUACCUCGAAGGCUGCUCCGUGACUCUCUUGGGGAGGACCGAAUCCACCCUUCAGCGCGCUCAAUCAUACAUUUUAUCUUACCCAUCCCGACCUUCCCACCCACCACCAUCACCCACCUCAGCCUCAGUCCCAAAUGAUUCCUCAGUCUCAGCAUCAAGCCCAGCUUCAGCUUCAGCCCCAUCCCACCAACCAUCAGACACAAAGAGGGUAUCCUACCACCCCCUAAACGUCACUAGCGCUUCAUCCUGGGAGGACCUAUUGCAGAGUAAUUUAAAAGGGGGGAGGAUAGACAUCCUCAUCAACUGCGCAGGCAUCACGCAACGGAGUCCAUUAAUGAAGACUCCUGUCGAGGAAGUGGAGGGGUUGUUGGAUACGAAUUUGCGAGGGACUGUGUUGGGGUACCAAGAGGACAAAGGACAAGGGACGCAAGAAGGGGUAAAAGAAGGGGUACAAGAAAGGGGAGUAAUCAUCAACGUGGCGAGUCUACUUGCGCAAAAGGGGGUGAUUGGGACGAGUGUCUAUGCGGCUGCGAAGGCGGGGGUUGUUGGCUUAACAACCUCCCUGGCACACGAGUACGGCAGAUCCGGGAUAAGAGUCAACGCCGUUCUGCCCGGGUACAUCGAGACAGACAUGACUACCGCCAGACAGGGAGAACAACAAGAAAGGCCUUCAAUCCACUCUUGA